CGGCGGCUGAGGCAGGCCAGCCUGGGCAAGGGCCACUCAGGGGGAGGAGGAGUGGGCACAGGCGGAGGAGGAGGAGGAGGAGGAGGAGGGUCCAGCAGCAAGAACAGCACAGGAAGUCCCGCCCAGGGAAGCCCCCUGCUGGCCUCGCUGUCCCUGCCUGGCCGCCCCCUACAGCCCCAGCUGGACCUCAAGCACUUCCUGCCCCUUAGGGUCAAUGGCACGACCCCCCUCAGCCUUUUCCCCAACUUCAACACGAUGGACCCGGUCCAGAAGGCGGUCAUCAACCACACGUUUGGGGUUCCGCAGCCACUCAAGAAGAAACAGAUCAUCUCCUGCAACAUCUGCCACCUACGCUUCAACUCAACCAACCAGGCUGAGGCCCAUUACAAGGGUCACAAGCACGCCCGCAAGCUCAAGGCCCUGGACAACAUGAAGAACAAACAGAGGAACCACGGAGCGGCAGGGAGGGAGAGAGAGAAGGAGAGGGAGAGAGAGAGGGAGCGAGAGAAGGAGAGGGAGAAGGAACCGGAGGAGGCGAAGAUCGAGACCCCACAGCCUCUAAUGGAAACGACCCUGGCCGAGAGAACAGCCGUCAGUGAGGCCCAGCCUGGUGUGUGUAAGCUGGAGGAAGCCCAGGGGAGCUCGCUGAUGCUCACCCCUGUCUCCGAGACCUCCUCGCUGGACACGCCGGCUCACCUCUCCCCCGAAGACUCUCCUGCCUCCGGGCAGCCAGAGAGCGUGACGGACAGCCCCCCUGCUCCAGAGCCCGAGAACCCAGAGCCCCCCAAGAGUGACGGGGACCCCCCCAGCAGUGCGGACGAGGAGAAGGACUCCAAAAAGAGCAGCAAGAUGCACCUGCACUGUCCCGUGUGCAAAAUCACAGUCAACUCCUCGUCCCAGCUGGAGGCUCACUACAGCGGCUCCAAGCACAAGCUGAUGCUGGAGGGUCAGAGUGUGCAGCCGCGGCGACGAGGGAAACUGGUCUCCUCCCGCAUGGCAACCAGGACCAAACGCCACGGCAACAAGAGCUGCGCGCCGCUGGCCAGCCAGUCCUUCCACUGCGACAUCUGUGACAUCACUGUCAACUCAGAGACGCAGCUCAAACAGCACACGAGCAGUAGGAGGCAUAAGGACCGCAUGGCUGGGAAACCUCCCAAACCAAAGUUCAGCCCCUACACCAAGAGCCAAACCAACUCUGUGCUAGCGAGUGUCAGGUGGAAUGGGUUUUCGGGGUUGUCGGGUGGUGCCCUCUCCGCCCUGGGGGGUCUGUGCCACCCCUGCGCCAUCACCACUAUUAGCCCUCAGACCAAACUGGCCCUGCAGAAGCAGCUCUCCAAGACCCUGGCCGCCAACUUCCUGCCCUCCCCCCUCACCCAGGCAACCCUCUGCACCAUGGCAGCCAACCCGCUCACCCUGCGACACGCCCCCGGUCCAGCCACCAUCAUCCAGACGCCUCUGCUCAGCCCCGCCCUCUUUAGGCCCGCCCCUGGGCCCCUGAGGGCCACCCACGCGCCAAUCAUCUUCUCCCCUUACUAGAGGUGGCCAGUCGCAAGGCCACAGCAUCGGUGAAGCUAUGCAGUCA